AGAAUAAAGAUCAUCUAUCUGUAUUUUGCAUUAUUGCAUAGUUGACUUCAACUCCUUCGCUGGAAUUUCGUUUCUCAUCUCUAUUCUGCCCUCUCAAAUGCUGGAGUCAAUACUUUCCUUGACGAAAUGAAUUAUCCAAAGGGAGAGGAACUAAACGAAGGAUUAUUACGAACCAUAGAAGGAUGUCGGAUAUGUGUAGUUGUUUUCUCCACAAACUACCCUGCGUCUUCUUGGUGUCUUAAAGAGUUGGAAAAAAUCAUUGAAUGCCACAAAACUUAUGGCCACAUAGUUUUGCCCAUAUUUUACGAUGUUGAUCCCUCCCAUAUACGUCAUCAGCGGGGUGCUUUUGGGAAAAAUUUGAAAGCAUUUCAAGGAUUGUGGGGAAAAUCUGUGUUGUCGAGGUGGCGCACGGUACUCACCGAAGCUGCAAACUUCUCGGGUUGGGAUGUGAGCAAUAACAGGAACGAGGCUCAAUUAGUGAAGGAAAUUGCUGAAGAUGUUCUCACAAAACUAGACAACACAUUCAUGCAUAUGACUGAAUUUCCUGUUGGAUUAGAAUCCCAUGUGCAAGAAGUGAUUGGAUAUAUUGAAAAUCAGUCAACCAAAGUUUGUAUCGUAGGGAUAUGGGGAAUGGGAGGAUUGGGUAAAACUACCACAGCCAAAGCCAUCUACAAUCGAAUUCAUCGUAGAUUCAUGGGUAGAUGUUUCAUUGAAGAUAUUCGAGAAGUUUGUGAAACAGAUAGAAGAGGGCAUCUUCAUUUGCAAGAACAACUUCUUUCAAAUGUCCUUAAAACAAAGGUGAACAUACAAAGCGUUGGGAUAGGAAGAGCUAUGAUUGAGAGCAAACUUUCUAGAAGAAAGGCACUCAUUGUACUUGAUGAUGUUAUUGAGUUUGGCCAGUUAAAAGUCCUAUGCGGAAAUCGUAAAUGGUUUGGUCAAGGAAGUAUAGUAAUCAUUACAACUAGAGAUGUACGCCUACUUCACAAACUUAAAGUUGAUUUUGUUUAUAAAAUGGAGGAAAUGGACGAAAAUAAGUCCCUUGAGCUUUUUAGUUGGCAUGCUUUUGGAGAAGCAAAACCAACAGAAGAGUUCGAUGAACUUGCAAGAAAUGUAGUUGCUUAUUGUGGAGGACUACCGCUAGCUCUUGAAGUCAUUGGUUCUUAUUUAAGUGAGAGGAGGAAGAAAGAGUGGGAAAGUGUAUUGUCAAAACUAAAAAUAAUUCCCAAUGAUCAAGUUCAAGAGAAAUUAAGGAUAAGCUAUAAUGGCUUAGGUGAUCACAUGGAAAAGGAUAUAUUUCUUGAUAUUUGUUGUUUCUUUAUUGGUAAAGAUAGAGCCUAUGUUACAGAGAUACUAAAUGGCUGUGGACUACAUGCUGAUAUUGGAAUAACAGUUCUCAUGGAGCGUAGCCUCGUAAAAGUUGCAAAGAACAACAAACUUGAAAUGCAUCCAUUAAUACGAGACAUGGAUAGAGAGAUAAUUCGUGAAAGUUCAACAAAGAAACCUGGGAAGCGCAGUCGAUUGUGGUUUCAAGAGGAUUCACUUAAUGUAUUGACAAAGAAUACUGGGACAAAAGCUAUUGAGGGAUUGGCUCUGAAAUUGCAUUCAAGCAGCAGAGAUUGCUUCAAAGCUUAUGCUUUUAAGACAAUGGAUCAAUUGAGACUAUUGCAACUUGAGCAUGUAGAACUCACUGGAGAUUAUGGGUAUCUUCCUAAGCAUCUGAGAUGGAUCUAUUGGAAAAGAUUUCCUUUAAAAUACAUGCCUAAAAACUUUUUUCUUGGAGGUGUAAUUGCGAUUGAUUUAAAACACAGCAAUCUUAGACUAGUCUGGAAAGAACCCCAGGUUUUGCCGUGGCUGAAAAUCCUCAAUCUUAGUCAUUCUAAGUACUUGACAGAAACCCCUGACUUUUCAAAUUUACCAAGUCUUGAAAAGCUCAUUCUCAAAGAUUGUCCAAGUUUGUGCAAGGUACACCAGUCCAUUGGAGAUCUCCAAAAUCUUCUGUUGAUAAAUUUGAAGGACUGUACAAGCCUAAGCAAUCUCCCAAGAGAGAUAUAUAAGUUGAAAUCUUUGGAAACUCUCAUCCUAUCCGGUUGUUCGAAGAUUGACAAAUUGGAAGAAGAUAUAGUGCAGAUGGAAUACUUGACUACUCUAAUUGCUAAAAAUACAGCUGUGAAACAAGUGCCCUUUUCAAUUGUAAGAUUAAAAAGCAUUGAAUAUAUCUCCCUAUGUGGAUAUGAAGGAUUAUCACGUAAUGUUUUUCCUUCUAUCAUUUUGUCUUGGAUGUCACCAACAAUGAAUCCCGUAUCUCGUAUUCGUUCAUUUAGUGGCACUUCAUCAUCUUUAAUUUCCAUGGAUAUGCAUAAUAAUAAUUUGGGUGAUCUAGUACCAAUUCUUAGCAGCCUUUUAAAUCUUCUAACUGUUUCGGUGCAAUGUGACACGGGGUUUCAACUAUCUGAAGAAUUAAGAACAAUUCAGGAUGAGGAAUAUGGAAGUUACCGAGAAUUGGAAAUAGCAUCAUAUGCAUCACAAAUUCCAAAGCAUUAUUUGAGCUCUUAUUCGAUUGGAAUUGGAAGUUAUCAAGAAUUCUUCAAUACCCUAAGCAGAAGCAUAUCUGAGGGAUUGGCAACCAGUGCGGUUAGUGAUGUUUUUCUCCCUAGUGAUAAUUAUCCUUAUUGGUUGGCCCAUAUGGAAGAUGGACAUUCAGUGUAUUUCACUGUUCCCGACGAUUUUCACAUGAAGGGAAUGACUUUGUGUGUUGUUUAUUUAUCAACCCCUGAAGACACUGCAAUUGAAUGUCUUAUUAGUGUAUCAAUGGUUAAUUACACAAAGGGCACCAUCCAAAUAUUCAAGCGAGACACAGUAAUUUCCUUUAACGAUGAAGACUGGCAGGGCAUAAUAUCACAUUUGGGACCUGGAGACGAGGUGCAAAUUUGUGUGACUUUUGAGCAUGGAUUGCUGGUUAAGAAGACAGCUGUCUAUCUAAUAAUGUGCGAUGAAUCGAUUGACAAGGAAACCAUCCCUUCUCCUUAUCCAAAAGAAAAGCAAAAGAAAAAUGUAAUCGUAGGAUUCAUAAAAGAAAUUUGUAAUGUGUAAGAUUCAAGAAGAGUAGAGGUUUCAAUCAAUUUUUAAUGGGUAUGUCAAGCAUCCCGUGCCGCACCCCACUCACCCUUUCAUUUUCCAUUCAAUAAUUCAAACACCAGUUAAUGGCUAUCCUUCAGAUAUUCUCCUCCUCCUCCUCCUUCUCACAGCAUUAAACGUCGUCGUUUUCAUGACUCCAUAAUUCACCGGAAGCAGAGCAAGAAGAAGAAGCAGCAGCAGUAGCGCGAGUUCACAUGGGAUUGGGAACAACUGCGAGAAGCCGAAGAAGAAUCGUCAUCGAAGAAGGUUAUCUGUCGUACCCCAUUUUGGAUGCUUUUUCGUGUUUCCCCUGUUUUCAGCAGCGACGGUGGCGCCGUCGUGCACUUUGUUGUCGUACAGGUACCACUUCAAAAAAAGGAAGGGUCUGAAGUGAGGGAUUUCGGGUUCGGGUGCUGUCGGAAGGAAGUGUGCGUGGAUUCGUUGGUGGAGAUGAUCACAUUUGUUCAUUGGAGCAAUUGCUCGAACAUGAUGUCAGAGGUUUAUUUCUUUGUUUUGCUUUUUUUUUUUCCUUCCUUUUCUUUACUUUUUCAUGCAUGUCAAGUGAGUGCUUUGUACUGAAGCAUUGCUUCACCAACCCUAAUAAUUAAAUUAGUCGCAUAAUUAAAAAUAAUUUUAGGACAACAUAGAUGCAUGUGCUUUUUGAUCAUGUUAGGUUGUGCUAAAUAAAAAAAAGUUAAAAUGUACUUUAAACUUGAUAUUUGAUGCAGAAUUGUAAUAGUUCCUUUUGGUCUCCCAGUAAUUGUCCUAGUGUUUGGGUUCUACUGAUUUUUUAGCUUUGUGGGAUGCAGAAGUGGAGAGAUAAGAGCCGUGUGAGGCGAGUGAUGAUGAGAAGCGAAGUGUUGUUACUGCCAUGGACUGUAUAUUUUCUGUGCUAACCCAUUACAGUGAGGCCACAAGGAGAUUGGUGUGUAGAAAGAGGUCCAGCAUUCCUGACGUGGGUCUUUUAAGCACAUCCUUGAUUAUUUCUCUUGGUAGAAUCAAACAAAGCUUUGUAUUAACUAAUCCGCAUUUACCAGACAUGGCUAUUGUUUAUGCUAGUGACGCCUUCUUGAAUUUGACAGGUUGCAUACUUUGUGGGAGUUCAAAUAGAAGACAACAAUAAAAAUGAUGAUAGUCAUUGUUUGAGUCCUGAGAAGAGACAACUUAGUGUGGUUAGUGUAGUCAAGGUUGCAGUGAGGACUUUAUCAAUGACUGCGGUAUCUUCUGAGUCGUAGCAAAAGGAUCAUGUGAGUUUGGAAACCCCAUGGAUUUUGACUCCAAGGAUCGAGGGUAACUUGAAUUGGAUGCAUUUGGAAAUCCAAAGGGAUUAGACUCAGCAAAUCUUGAAAGUGUUGCAGAAGUAUGUCAAUAACUUAGUAUAAAAUUAUUAAUUUCUUAAGCUUCAGGAUCUUGAUGAUAAUGAUGAUUCAUUUGGAACUUAUUGUUGAAAUUUAAAAAUAUUUGAUCCUUCUAUU